UUAUAUAAACUGAGGAUAUUCAUCACAUCAGUUCAGUCGACAAUUGCACAAGGUUCUUAAUGUUUGAAUACUCAUUAAAUACAAAUUAAAUAAAUAACUAUUUUAUUAUAAUUAAAUUGUAAUUCAAUUACCUCUUUGAACAAUUAAGAAAAAUUUAACAACAUGAAGACAUUUUCUGUAUGCUGUCUUUUGAUGAUUGCAUAUUAUACAUGUGAAACAGUAAAUGCUAAUGUAUAUUUCAAAGCUACCAAACCAAAUAAUGAGUGGUGGUCUAGCACCAUAUUCUAUCAAGUAUAUCCAAGAUCGUUCAAAGACAGUAAUAAAGAUGGAAUUGGUGAUUUAAAAGGUAUUACCCAGAAACUAGACCAUUUUGUUGAUCUUGGCAUAGAAACACUAUGGGUAGGUCCGUUUUUCAAAUCACCUAUGGAUGAUAUGGGAUAUGAUGUUGAGGACUUUUAUAUGAUAGAUCCUAUUUUUGGUACAAUGAGUGAUUUAGAAGAAUUAGUUUUUGAAAUGAACAAGCGAAAUCUUAAACUGGUAAUAGACCUAAUACCAAACCAUUCAAGUUACAAGUGUGAGUGGUUUGAAAAAUCAAUCAAACAAGAAGGAAAGUACAAAGAUUAUUACAUUUGGCAUAACGCUUCAAAUCAAGAUGAAGUCCUCAGUAACUCAUCAGUCACACCAAUACCACCAAAUAAUUGGUUGAGUAUAUUUGUUGGUUCUGCCUGGACAUGGAAUGAACAACGAAAACAAUUUUAUUACCAUCAGUUUAGUAAGGAACAACCAGACUUUGACAUGAGAAAUCCGGAUGUUAAACAACAAAUUUUAGACGUAAUAGAAUUUUGGAUGGAUAAAGGCGUUACUGGAUUCCGAUUUGAUGCCCUCAAAUUUUUAUAUGAAAAUGUUUCACUACUAGAUGAACCUUUUAAGCCAGGAAUGAGCAAUGCAUCCGAAUACGUAGAAUUAAAUCAUAUAUAUACGUCUAAUCAACCAGAAAUUAUUGAUUCUGUAUUAGAAUGGAGAGCGUUUAUGGAUGAUUACAUACAAAGGAAGAAUAAAUCAAUUUCUAGUUUAAUGUCAUCAGAAUCGUAUUCACCUGUAAAUAUAUUAAUGCAAUAUUACGGCAACUUCACGAAUCCUGGAGCUCAAAUACCAUUUAACUUGGCAUUAGUGAGGUUUCCAAAAGAUGAUCAUAUAGUCAAAUCUAUAGAUACCAUAAUCAAUGAUUGGUUGGCUGAUUUGCCAGAAAACGCGGUGGCCAACUGGGUGAUUGAAAAUCACGACAAUUUGAGGACGUCGUCGAAAUUUGGCGCUCUAACAGUACCAAUGUUUACUGCUUUGAAAUUAGCUCUUCCUGGUAUUGAUGUAACAUAUUAUGGUAGUGAAAUUGGAAUGGAAGACAAUAUGUAUUUGAGACCGGAACAAAUAACAGAUGACAAUCUUGCAGGUGGUCCGAGAUUAUCGAGACCUAGAGAUUACCAAAGGUGUCCGAUGCAAUGGGACGAUUCGAUUAACGCAGGUUUCACCGAAGAGAAAAAGUCAUGGUUACCAGUAAAUCCAAAUUAUUACAAGAUGAACGUCGAAACACAGAAAAAAAUUCCAACUAGUAACUAUAAUUUUUACAAAAAAAUGUCUCAACUUCGAAAAACCGAAACGUUAAAAAAUGGCGAUCUUCAGACUUAUAAUAUUACUCAAUCGAUUUAUAUUUUAAAAAGGUCAUUAUUAGAACACGAAUCAUACAUAGUCGUAACGAACUUUGGCAGUGAAACCGAAACGGUCAUCUUGUCUAAUGUCAUACGAGAUGUCAAAGAUGAACUAUUCGUAUAUUUAGGAAGUGAAAAUUCUGCGUACAGAACCGGAAGUAAAGUAUCUACCGUUUCAACUGGGUAUCCAUUACAACUGCGACCACAGUCAGUAGUCGUAUUGACAGAUAAAUAUAUUGAACCUGAAACGCCAAGUAAUAACGCUAGUAGUAGUACUGAAUCGAGUUUGAAAUUUAUUAGUUUCAUCUGUGUUUUUGUACUUUCAAGAUGUUUUUUAUAAAUUUGUCUUCUAUACCUACCUAGUUGUUAAGUAAUACAGUUAAUUGUAAUAUACAUUUUUUAAAGAAC